UAGGUUUUCAUUCUGAUGUACGCCGGUGAUUUCGGUGACUGCAAGGAUCCUGCGAUAUUAUUAUUUGCUGCGAACGGUGUGGACCAUAUUUCGAGUUAACUGUAUUUUCAACAAACAUCCGACGCCUGUCGAUUGUAUUAUUAUACUCUCAACAUGAAUACUUUAUCAAUCGCAGUAUGCUGCUUGCUCGCGGUCGCCGGCACGUACGCAACUUUCGGCAAGGAACAUGUACAUAUUCGUGUGCAUGUACCAACCAUUGUGAAAGAAGUUUAUGUAAAAAAACCAGUUCAUCACUAUGAAUCCCAUGAUGAACAUUAUGAUCAUGGUAGCUCAUCCGGUGGUUAUGGAGGAUCAUCUAGUGGCUAUGGAGGAUCAUCCGGUAGUCACGGAGGAUCAUCCAGUGGUUAUGGAGGAUCCUCAAGUAGCUAUAUUGGUGGUGGAGGAGAUGACUCGUAUGAUGGUCAUGGAAGUUCUGGCAUUUACGAUUCUGGAUCAAGUGGGCAUGGUGGUAGCAGCUAUGAUGACAGUUCAUCAGGCAGUUACAGCAGUGGACCAUCUUCAUUGGAUGAGUAUGAUUCCAGUGACCAUGGUUCUUCAGGAUACAGCGGAUCUUCCGGUGGUCAUGGUGGUUCUUCGGGCGGCUAUGUUAGCUCACCAAUAAGUUACAGUAGUUCUUCGGGAAGCCAUGGUGGUUCGUCAGGAAAAUAUGGUGGCUCUUCUGGAAGUUACGGAGGCUCUUCCGGAGGUUAUGGUGGUUCUUCAAGUGGCAUUCUAUUUAGCGGGUAUUCUGCUGGACACCACAAAGGAUCAUCUGGUGGAUAUGGUGGAAGUUCUUCUGGAGGAUAUGGAGGCGGCUCAUUCGGUGGGGGACAUGGUGGAAGCUCAUCUGGAGGAUACGGGGGUAGCUCAUUCAGUGGAGGACACAGAGGAAGUUCAUCUGGAGGAUACGGAGGCAGUUCAUCAGGAGGAUAUGGUGGCAGCUCAUUCGGUGGAGCACACGGUGGAAGCUCAUCUGGAGGAUACGGAGGUGGCUCAUCUGGAGGAUACGGAGGUAGCUCAAUCAGUGGAGGACACGGAGGCAGUUCUGGAGGAUACGGAGGCAGUUCAUCAGGAGGAUAUGGUGGCAGCUCAUUCAGUGGAGCACACGGUGGAAGCUCAUCUGGAGGAUACGGUGGUGGCUCAUCAGGAGGAUAUGGUGGCAGCUCAUUUGGUGGAGGACAUGGAGGAAGUUCGUUUGGAGGGCUUGGGGGAGGUUCAUCUGGAGGAUACGGAGGAAGUUCAUUUGGAGGACACGGGGGUGGUUCAUCAGGAGGAUAUGGUGGAGGUUCAUCUGGAGGAUAUGGAGGUAGUUCAUUUGGAGGACUUGGAGGUAGUUCAUUUGGAGGACACGGAGGAAGUUCAUCUGGAGGAUACGGAGGAAGUUUCAGUUUCGAUGAUUUAUCUGGUAGUGGACAUGGUUCUAGUUCUGGUGGUUUUGGUGGUUACGCAGGUGGUAGUGGUGGAGACACUUAUUCAGCCCCGGGACAAGAUAGCUAUGGACCUCCAGGAAGCAGUUUCCCUUAUACUAAAAAAUAAGCCAUUGCGAAAUUUCAAAACAAAUAGGUUAUUUUAUAAUACGAAUUUAUGUUUAAAAUGU